UACGUCAAUUUUGAACCAAACGCCGUCAGUUCAAAUCUGGACCCACUUCGUUUCUAUGCUGUGGGCCCCAGCGCCGCCUCCGUUAAAUUUCAGGGCUAUCCUACAACAAAACUGAGACUCCGACUCCAUUAAAUUUCCAUGCUAUCGUCGUUCUCUCUGUCUCUGGAAAUUUCUUUGAAGAAGCUCCAAUCUCAGAAUUGCAUCGGUGCAUUAAAGUAGAAGCCAGUCCAGCAGUGCAUCAUCUCAACAUGCCAAAAGACAGAAGUGUGAAUUCCUUUUCCGUUAACCAGUCAAGGACAUCUCCUUACUCUUGCAGCUCAAAGAAUUCUGACCUCGACUCCAAGAAAUCUCUACUACCAGUUGUGAAUGAAAGAGAAUGGGAAGAAGCUAGAUGUCCAAUAUGUAUGGAACAUCCACACAAUGCUGUCCUUUUACUUUGUUCUUCACAAGACAAGGGUUGUCAUCCUUAUAUGUGCGACACAAGUCAUCGACAUUCUAAUUGCCUUGAUCAAUUUCGUAAAUCAUCUGCUGUAGGAGCUCAACAAAACGAAGAUAAUGUAUCAGGAGCUGUGUUCCGUAGAGGAAGUUGGGGGCAAGCACUAUCAGGAGCUUCAAGGUUUUGUGUGCAGAAGCAACCUGGGCUUGCCUGCCCUCUUUGCCGGGGACAUGUCGAAGGAUGGAUUGUUGUAAAGGCUGCUCGUAAUUUCAUGAACUCCAAAACAAGGAGUUGUGCCCUGGAGACAUGUGAUUUCUCUGGUAACUAUGCCGAACUAAGAAAGCAUGCAAGGCAUGAACAUCCCUCGGAAAGGCCAGCUGCGGCCGACCCUAUGCGGCAGUCUGACUGGACAAGAUUGGAGCUUCAAAGGGACUUUGAAGAUGCUUUCAGUGCAUAUCAAACACCAUCUGAUGAUGACAUUUCUGGAGUUGACUUCCUAACAGAGCUGCCUCACUUCCUAACAGAUCUGCCUCUUGACACUGGUCUAUUUGACCUGCUAGAUGGUUACUACCCAGAGGCUGAGGAGGGAUUGGAUGAAGACAUCAAUAUGUCACUGGAUUUCGAACUUGAGCUCUCUUUCUCUUUCCUGAAUGAGUUCCCAGUGGUGCCUUCAGCAUGGGAUGGGUCUCCAAGCUAUGCUGGUGGGAGAAGCACUUAUCGAUCAGAGAGUGGUGCUAGAUCACAAAACAGGAGAUCUAGAAGAUCGGCAUCAGGUUCUGAUAACUACGAACAGAGGUCAACAGGUUCAAGAAGCACAAAUCUGUCAUCAAGACACGGACACUUUAGUUAAUUUGAAUGGUCAUGGUUUUAGCGUAUGGGUAGAGUUCAGGUCUUGCCUUUUAGGUAUCAUGUUAUCGUUUGCACUAUUACUUGCUGUUAUAGUCUCGGUCCGCUGUCUUCGCUGCUUUUCUACUUAAAAUCCGAAUUUUAACUUCGCUAUUAAUGCAAGAUUUCUUCUACAUA